ACACAAUGUGCCAUCCUGACAAGCCUUUUACUUCUGAUAAGCUCCGAUGUGUGUUUAAUGAAUACAAAGCCGUGGUCUGGGUGCCGCCUCGGCUGCGGUGCCUCUCCUGCGCUCCUUUGCCAGAAGAUCGGACUGAGAAGCACUCCACAAUGCCUGACUCACCUGUGGAUGUGAAGACACCAUCGAGGCUGACGCCGCCCACCAUGCCGCCGCCCCCGACCACGCAGGGCGCCCCGAGAACCAGCUCCUUCACACCCACCACAUUAACCAAUGGCACGAGCCAUUCACCUACAGCCUUGAAUGGCGCCCCCUCGCCGCCCAAUGGGUUUAGCAAUGGGCCUUCCUCCUCUUCCUCUUCUUCUCUGGCUAAUCAACAGCUGCCCCCAGCCUGUGGCGCCAGGCAACUCAGUAAGCUGAAACGGUUCCUUACUACCCUGCAGCAGUUUGGCAAUGACAUUUCACCAGAGAUAGGAGAGAGAGUCCGCACCCUUGUCCUAGGACUGGUGAACUCUACUUUGACAAUUGAAGAAUUUCAUUCCAAACUGCAAGAAGCCACUAACUUCCCACUGCGACCUUUUGUCAUCCCAUUUUUGAAGGCCAACCUGCCCCUACUGCAGCGUGAGCUCCUCCACUGCGCAAGACUGGCCAAACAGAACCCUGCCCAGUACCUCGCCCAGCAUGAACAGCUGCUUCUGGAUGCCAGCACCACCUCACCUGUUGACUCCUCAGAGCUGCUUCUCGAUGUGAACGAAAACGGGAAGAGGCGCACUCCAGACAGAACCAAAGAAAACGGCUUUGACAGAGAGCCUUUGCACUCAGAACAUCCAAGCAAGCGACCAUGCACUAUUAGCCCAGGCCAGCGGUACAGUCCAAAUAACGGCUUAUCCUACCAGCCCAAUGGCCUGCCUCACCCCACCCCACCUCCACCUCAGCAUUACCGUUUGGAUGAUAUGGCCAUUGCCCACCACUACAGGGACUCCUAUCGACACCCCAGCCACAGGGACCUCAGGGACAGAAACAGACCUAUGGGGUUGCAUGGCACACGUCAAGAAGAAAUGAUUGAUCAUAGACUAACAGACAGAGAAUGGGCAGAAGAAUGGAAACAUCUUGACCAUCUGUUAAACUGCAUAAUGGACAUGGUAGAAAAAACCAGGCGGUCUCUCACUGUACUAAGGCGGUGUCAGGAAGCAGACCGCGAGGAAUUGAAUUACUGGAUCCGGCGGUACAGUGAUGCAGAGGACUUGAAAAAGGGCGGCGGCGGCAGCAGCAGCCACUCCAGGCAGCAGAGUCCCGUCAACCCAGAUCCCGUUGCAUUAGACACACAUCGGGAAUUCCUUCACAGGCCUGCUUCUGGAUACGUGCCAGAGGAGAUCUGGAAGAAAGCUGAGGAGGCGGUGAAUGAGGUGAAGCGCCAGGCAAUGACCGAGUUGCAGAAGGCCGUGUCCGAGGCUGAACGGAAAGCCCACGACAUGAUCACGACAGAGCGGGCCAAGAUGGAGCGCACGGUGGCUGAGGCCAAGCGGCAGGCGGCGGAGGACGCGCUGGCGGUCAUCAACCAGCAGGAGGAUUCGAGCGAGAGUUGCUGGAAUUGUGGCCGGAAAGCGAGUGAAACCUGCAGUGGCUGUAACACAGCCCGAUACUGUGGCUCGUUUUGCCAACACAAAGACUGGGAGAAACACCACCACAUCUGUGGACAGACCCUGCAGGCCCAGCAGCAGGGAGACACACCCGCUGUCAGCUCCUCCGUCACGCCCAACAGCGGGGCCGGGAGCCCGAUGGACACACCACCAGCAGCCACCCCGAGGUCGACCACCCCGGGGACCCCGUCCACGAUAGAGACAACCCCUCGCUAGACGGGAACUCAGAACUGUCGGAGGAAAGACAACAAAACCAACACGAAACCAACUCCUCAUCCUCAGAUGCUCAAAGUUGUUUUUCUGUUUGUUUGUUUAUAGAUGAACUAUCAUAUUUCAGUACUUCAGCAAGAGAGGACUUAACUGUAUCUUGAGGUGGUAGUAAAAUACAGAGGGCCAGUAACGGGUCGUAAUGACUUAUUAUGGAUAACAAAGAUAUCUUUUCUUUAGAGAACUGAAAAGAGAGCAGAGAAUAUAACAUAAAAUGAUAGAUUUGACCUCCUCCCUGUUAUUUUCCAGUAGCUGGGAUUUUAAACUAGAUGACCUCAUUAACCGAUGCUUUACCAAACAGCAAACCAAGAGGUUGCUAAUUGCUGUUGAAAGCAAAAAUGCUAAUAUUAAAAGUCACAAUGUUCUUUAUAUACAAUAAUGG